UUUCAAAUCAUCUUUAGAUGCAUCAAAGGAUUUAAGUGAAGUGUGCUUCUUCAUUCAUCAGCAGUUUCUUGUUUCUGUUUGUCCAGAACUCCCACAGCAUUAUGUCUGGAAGGAGAAGGAGGUUCUCACUGACCAGCAGCUCUGUAAUCCAGAGAGGAACUCCAGUUUGGACCAGGAGGAACCAGAACCUCCACACAUAAAAGAGGAGGACAUCUGUAGUGGUCAGGAUGAAGAGCAGCUUUCACUCAAGCAGGAGGCUGAGACAUUUAUGGUGACUCCUACUGAUGAGGAGAUGACCCACCAGGAACCAGAACCUCCACAAGAGGAACCAGAACCUCCACAAGAGGAACCAGAACCUAAACAAGAGGAACCAGAACCUAAACAAGAGGAACCAGAACCUCCACAGAUGGAUGAGAACCAUGAGGAUCCAACACUUUCACACAUUAAAGAAGAAAAUGAAGAAGAAGAAGCAGAAUCUUCAGAGAUGGAAGAGGAGCAGGAGACUGAUACCUUCAUGGUAUCUUCUGCUAACAAAAGAAAUCAGUGUGAGUUAGAACCAAACAGGAAGCAGCUCCUCUCUCAGAACUCUGCUGAAGCUGAGAAMCAAGUUCAGGAAGGAAGCAGGACUGGAGAUCGGCCCUUAGUGAAGAAAGAAACAAAACCAUUUCUGUGUUUGACCUGUGGGAAAAGAUUCAGGGCGAGAAGUUCUUUAAAUGUUCACAUGAAAACUCACACAGGUGAGAAACCCUUCUUAUGUCUGAGCUGUGGAAAAGUGUUUCCAUUCAAAAGUUGUUUAACUGCUCAUAUAAUAUCUCACACAGGUGAGAAGCCCUUCUCAUGUCAGACUUGUGGGAAAAGUUUUGUUAAAAAAAUCAGUUUAAAAUCUCACAAUUGUCACGCWGGUGAGAAGCCCUUCUCAUGUCAGACCUGUGAAAAAAGUUAUUUUCGUAAAAGCAGUUUAAAAUCCCACAUGAAAGACGAAAACGAGCACCAUUUUCUUUUAGCUAGUAGCAGACACGACACGACGGAUCUUCAACAGACACGAUAUUUCUCUUCAAAUUCAAACGCACCCAUCGUGGAAAAGAAUAGAAGAUCUUCCUAUGAUGCCGCUUUUAAGCUGAAGGCUAUUGAAAUUGCGCAACAGGAGGGAAAUAGAGCCGCUGCACGAAAGCUCAGCCUGAACGAAUCGAUGGUUCGGCGUUGGAGACAACAGCGGGAAGAACUCGUUCAGUGCCAAAAGACAAGAAAAGCUUUCAGAGGACAUAAGAGCAGGUGGCCUGAAUUGGAAGAUCUUCUUGCGGAUUGGGUAAAUACACAGAGAGCAGACGGCCGAGGUGUAUCCACCGUGCAAAUCUGCCUGAAAGCCAAAGAAAUGGCUCUCCAAAUGAACAUUGAAAAUUUUAAUGGCGGACCAUCCUGGUGUUUCAGGUUCAUGAGAAGAAAGAACCUGU